CGAGUUUGUCGAUUUGUGCUUUAAUUGUCAGCCUUCCAGCUUGUCAAGCCAUCAGUUUUUAAGAUUUUCCAUGCACUUAAUGAUCAAUCUUGAAGACAAUAAAUAUGGAGUCUCAAUUAUGGCGUCGGUUUCUUCGUUCGGAAAGUCAGGUGGAUCUGACACUCCGACUUGGCUUCCCCAAUGGCAAUGGCGGCCACCCUGAUGAUCACACUGAUCAUAAUAAACCAUUAUUCUCCCCACCUCUUCAUCAUCUUCGUCAAACUCAUCAGGUGGCCGCGGUGAACAAUAAUGUUGGGUUGGAGUCGUGCGGUGGGAUGAGUGAAGCAAAUUACAACCCUAACCAAAUUUUAUGGUCAAAAGAGCUGAAAACCUACGUUCUUAAGUCAAAUAAUCAAACUUCAUUGGGUAGUCAUGAUCAAGUGAAGGGCAAUAUUGGCAUUGGAAAUGGCAGCACUACAAAUAACUUGGCCAAUGUUCCUCUUCAAACCAACAGCAACGACCUCUACACACUCCUCAACCCCGCUUCAAGAUCAACAGAUGAUCACGAAGAUGAAACUUCCUCCGGCAGCCGGCGGAAAGCUUCGCGGCUGCGUCGAGUCUCACACGACGAACCUGAAAAGCGGUGCACCAAUUACAAUUGCAACACUAAUUUUACACCCAUGUGGCGUAAAGGCCCUCUAGGUCCCAAGAGCCUGUGCAAUGCCUGCGGCAUAAGGUAUAGGAAGGAGUUGAUGAAUCGGGAGGCGAUGACGGCAGAAAACAGCCACAACUAGCGAGCGACUAAUGGCGGCUAAAUCGGAAAAUUAGGGGACCUCCUUAAUUUCUUCAACGUCCGGCCAUGCCUCGGGUUCUUUUCAAGUAAUGCAUGUCAAGAACUAGGUGUCAGUUCUCAAAUAAUAUUGUAGAUUUCAAAAUCUUAUGUUUUAAUUAAUUAAGAAUUUGAUUUCUUCGCCUUCAUCUUUUUCUUUUUAAUUAUUAUCAUCAUUAUUAAAGCUCGGUUGUAUUAAAUGGA